CAUGGGCGGCGACGUCGUGCAAGAGCUCUUCGCGAACGGGAUUCGCCAGCUCCGUCGACCUCUCGGGUAACUGCACCGCCAACAGCACCACCAACAGCAGCACGACCACCCAGCAUCAUGGGGGAAGAGUUGAAAGAGGAAAAAGAGGAGUUGAAUCCUUCUCUUUCAGGGGAUCUCCCUCUGGACCGUUGGCAUGCCAGGCUUCAUCCCUCUCGGGUUACAAGCACUCUGUGACUAUAACGAAAGGGUUCCUCCUCCACUGGACGCUCGUUAAUGGCACGUCAACCACCCCGAACCGCACCAGCAGCAGCAGCAGCACCCCCAGCAGCAGCAGUGACCUUAACAGCAGUGCUAGUAAGGGGGGAAGGGCGAAGCUGCGCCUGGCGUUAGAGGCACAGCAGGGCAGCGGGGCUGAGAGCGGUUGGAUCUCCAUCGGCUGGUCAACGGACGGUCGGAUGGUGCCCGCUGAUGCAGUCAUCGGGAACCUUCCAGGAAGGAAGGUCGCUGCGUACUCCAUGACUGGUUACCGGAUAUCGGAUGUUACAGUUACCAGAAACUUUUCGGUCACUGAAGCAAGUACUGAGUCCACUAGUAGUGGAGCGACUAUUGUGAAGUUCACCCGAACGGAAGGGGGUGGGGGAAUAGUCCCUGUGAGAUUUUCUGGGGUAAACACCCUCGUGUGGGCGUUUUCGGGUUCUGGCACGCAGGCACUGGACUACCACAAACAUAACGACGGCGCACUGAAAGUGGAUUUCACUUGCUCCACUGCUGCUGCUGCCGGCAACACCUCUUCAUCACCACAUAGCACGAACAGCCAAUCACUGUCUGCCACGUCAGCAACAGCAUCAAACAGCGGCAGCAGCAGCAGCAGUGCCUGCACGGCGUCGUCCCUGUCCGGAUAUGAUUGCAUGGUGCAACUCAGUGGCGACAACUUCAUCCUACACUGGAAGAUCAUUAGCAGCAGCAGCAUCGCUCUGGCAGCGGAGGCAGCAACGAGCGGGUGGGUGUCGCUAGGCUGGUCAGCCACUGGUCGAAUGUAUCCUGCUGAUGCAGCCAUCGGCAACCUUCCCCCAGGAACCCUUCCCUCCGGGGCAGCAGUGGGAGCAUACCACAUGAGUGGGUAUGCUGUGAGCGAUGUAACGCCCACGGGCUCGUUUGCGGUUACCAACACGGCCGUGGAAUCGGCCAAUGGGAGGACGACGAUCAAGUUUGAGCGGUCGAUGGGCGAUGGAGAUUUCCCCAUGAGUUCGAGUGGGAGUGACGGUGGUGCCACUGGCAGCAGCAGCAGGAGCAGCAGCAGCGGAGGCGACGGCGGCGGCGGUGGCAGCAGCACCAUCCUUUGGGCUUACUCCCGGGAUAACUCGCAGCAGUUAGCCUACCACGGGCCCAAUGCAGGCUCUGCUAGAGUCAACUUCUUCAUAGGAGCAUCAGAGGAGGGCGAGUGGAGCAGUGGGAGCGCCACGCUCUACACCAUCCAUGCAUGGCUGCUCGCACUGGCCUUUGGCCUGCUCAUGCCUUCCGCCAUCCUUAUAUCGAGGCUCUUUCUAGUGAAUAAGCCCUUGUUCAUGCCUGAUACCACCCCUGGCGUGGCAAGUAACAGCCCUGCUGCAGCAACUUUUGAGACGUCUCAAAACACCGCAGCUAGCAAUAGCUCUGCAGAAGCUACAGCCACGGGGGCAGCAGGGGGGUUGGGGGAGGAGCCAAAGCUUGGCGGGAGGCACAGUGGGACAGAAGCAGCAGAGGCCGAAGGCAAGCCUCCCGGCCGCUUGACAGCAGUAGGUGCGCCUGUUUUUGAGGCGCCUCAGAAAUCGGCAGCAGUAGCUGCGCCGGCCCUCGCUUCUGCCUCCCUUGCCAGGCCACCAGCGGCGGUGAGCGGAGCAGAAGCAGGAGCAGCAAAGGGCGAAGUCAAGCCUUUUGGCCGCUUGGAGGCAGUAGCUGCGCCGGCUCUCGAUUCUACCUCCCAUGCCAAGCCAUCAGCGGCGGUGAGCGGAGCAGCAUCAGGAGCAGAAACUGCGGGACCUGGAGGACCGGGGGGAAUAGGUGUAGCCAGUCCAGCAGGGGGGUCAGGAGAAGCAGGGGGGUCAGGCGGAGCAGAGGGGUCAGGCGGAGCAGAGGGGUCAGGCGGAGCAGAGGGGUCAGGCGGAGCAGAGGGGUCAGGCGGAGCCGGGGUGUCAGGCGGAGCAAGGAGGGUAGUCCCAAGGAAGCAGUGGGGGAAGCAGUGGGUGAGCAAGUCAUUGGCCUUUAAGCUGCACAGAAACACCCCAUCUCCUUCAAGCAGCGAUGGCGACCAUCAAUACCUCGCGGACCUGUUGGCUGAGCGGAAAAAGCUUCUUCCCUUCAGACAAGUUUUACCGCAUUGCGGUCGGUUGCUUGACCAAGAAAUUGCGCGUUUAUCGUCGAUAGUUGGUUCUCCGACUUACAUGGACCAUGAACACGCCGAGACGUCCUCGCCCAUAUCCCAUCCCAUAUUCUCUCCUGGACCUUCUCCGUUUGACGCACAGACAUGGUCUCCGAUGCCGAACGAAGUCGGGCCUUCGACUCUUUUCGCAACCCCAACAGCUCACCAACCAACAACAACGACACUGGUAGGCUGGACCCCUCAACCCGGCGCUGCCCCAAUUCUAAAAAAGGCCCGCAGGAUUGACGUUCCAGUGGAUCAGUAUCCCACCUUCAAUUUUGUUGGACGAAUUCUUGGGCCCCGAGGCAAUUCGCUAAAGCGAGUUGAGGCUCAAACGGGUUGCCGCGUCCUUAUCCGAGGCAGAGGAUCCAUCAAAGACCCUACUAAGGAAGAAAAGAUGCGAAACAAGCCAGGUUACGAGCACCUGAAUGAGCCACUGCACGUCAUUGUGGAGGCUGAGCUUCCAGCAAACAUUGUAGAUGCUCAGCUUUCACAAGCUUGUGAAAUUCUUGAGGAGCUUCUGAAACCAGUAGAUGAAUCUUGUGACAUCCUCAAACUGGCACAACUAAGAGAGUUGGCUAUAAUCAAUGGUACCCUCCGAGAAGACACGGGGUCGCAUAGUCUCUUUGCAGGCUCCCCAUCACCAUUCAGUGACCCUGAAUUCAGAUCUUCUAAGACCCGUCGCUGA